AUGCAACAAAGACUUAUUUCUCUUGUCUUUAUUCUGCAUCUAAUUACUUGGGUAGAGAAUUUUAGUUAUUCAAAAACAUCUAUAAAGAAUAAAACUAUUCCAUUUUCUCGCUUAAAUAUAAUUGAUAAACUUCCAUUAUUAACAUCUAAUAAUCGACAAAAACAAGAACAUCUAUGUAUAUUUGAUUGUCAAUUCAUAAUACCAUUUGAUAAACCAUUAUUGAUUCCUGUCUAUUGUCGUCAACAGGUAACAUCGAAUGCAUGUGAAGUUGAUAUUAGAGUGAAUUUUCUUAUGAAUUUUACAUCAUUUGUCUUUUAUAAUGAAAGUAUUGAUUUAACUAUUGACAAUAUUCGUCUAGAUACCGCUUCUGCAGAAAUCUUUGGUUUUGAAUUCGAUGAUAAAAUAUUAUCUUGUAUUCUUCAUUAUCAAUGUUCAAAUGGUAAUACAUGUGAAUGGGAUUAUAUUAAACAAAAAAUUCCUAAUCUUAUUACAACUAAUUAUCUACCAUUGUAUGAUUCCUUAUCACCAUUAAUUUAUAACGAUACACUUGAAACAACAAUCUCUCAUUGUUAUUCCUCAGAUGAACUAAUCGAAUGCCCAAGUGGUGUGUGUGAUUUUGCUCAAUUUCUUGAUUCAGAAAAUUUUACAUUAAUUAAUACUCGUCAAUGUUCAAUGGUUGAUAGACCGAAGAUUUAUUUUGGACAAUAUCGUUAUACACCUGGUCCAACAAAAUAUGAUUUUGAUUACGUAUAUUUUGCUUGUAAUAUAAAUAAAUGUAAUAGUCCUACAAAUGAACUUGCUAUUAAAAAUUUAAUUGGAUUUAAUGAUCAUACAAAUCUUGGUUUGGUGAAAACAGGACAUUUAUAUUUAGUAUUUAGUUUGUAUUUUAUUAUUUCAUUUAUAAAGUAA